AUGAGGAAAAUAAAAUUUGGAUUGGGGCGACUUAAGAUAGACCUAAGUGAGAACGCUAACUUCACCUUCCAUAAAGAGUACCGUGACAUUAUUUCCGGUGGAACAUGGAAACCACGUGACUGUUUUGCUAGGCAACGGGUCGCUAUCAUCAUUCCAUUCAGGGACAGGCGUAAACAUUUGGAGCAGUUGCAAUAUUAUCCCAUCCCAAUGCUAAAAGGCCAGCAACUUAAUUUUCGGUUCUUCGUCGUAGAACAGAAUGGGAACAACACAUUCAACAAAGGACUUAUCAUGAACGCGGCGUUCGCUGAGGUCCGAAAGAUAGAGGAUUUCGACUGCUUCGUCUUCCAUGACGUGGACAUGAUUCCCGAGGAUGACCGCAACAUUUACACUUGCACGGACGCUCCGAAGCACAUGUCACCCGCCUUGGAUAAAUUUGGGUACAGGCUUCCUUAUACGCAGUUAGUGGGCGGUGUACUCAGCAUGAAACCUGAUGUCUACAUAGCAGUCAACGGAUAUUCCAACCUUUACUGGGGCUAGGGUGCAGAAGAUGACGAUAUGGCAGCUAGCCAUAGAAAACAAAACGACAACUGGCAUGGACGUCGGAUUGUGGAAUUGGAUAUGUUAUUGAAGAGCCUCCAGUCCUGUCAGUCAUUUAAGCUAGGACCCUUGCCACUAACAUUGGACAAUGUUGUGGAUGAACUACAGAAAUGUUUUGGGGGCUACUUGUAUGUUGUGUGUUUAAAUGUUGAAUGUGCAAUUAUUGAUGGAUUGGGUGGUGCUGUAAAGGUCAACAAUUUCCUGUCAGCCCUGGACAUGAAAGAGGUCCAUCCAGAGAAUCUCAAACUGAUGGAAAACCGGGCUGGGCAAUUCAUUGAAGCUGUCGCCAAAGAGUCUGCAAAAGAUGCAGAAAUCCGAGAAGGGGAUAGGAUGUUCCUUUUGAAGACUGUCAAGAAUCGUUUUAUGACGGACGGACUUAAUUCAGUGCAAUACAAAACAGUUUUUGUUAAAUUGACACCUCUUUACACCCAUAUAAUGGUUGAUGUAGGCGAACCGCCGAAAGACAAAAACAAAAUAUCAAGUAUGAUGACACAGACGUAGACCUUCUCGCUGUUAAUAUGGACUAGAUGUCGAAUUUUAAGGUGUAUCAUGUACUGCGUCAACAAUCGGUAAAGCAUAACAAAUUACUUAGUUGACACUAGAUGGUAAACAAUGUUAACUUAAUGGUUUUGUUUUUGUACUGAAUGAAGUGGAUAUUUCUGGACAUGACUACCGACGUUUGCAUGUUGUUCGUGACAUGCGUACAUAUACAAUACUGGUGGUGUAAUAUUCCAGGUACGUAUGUACAAUCAGGGACGUUAAUGUGUUAUUUUUUGCAAAAACUAUAUUGAAAUGUGUAAAAAAAACAAAUAACUGCGUGCAUAUAAUUUUAGUUAUUAUCAUUACAUAAAAAUAUGUUUAUAUUUGAAUUGACUUUCGUUAAACGUUUAAUUUAUCUUGAACACUUUUAUCGUAAACUAUAUAUUGCAUCAUUAACUUCGAUACAAACAAUAGAAAAAUAGAAUCUGUCGUAAUCAGUGCAUCUACAUGUAAACACAGACACAUGUUACUUUUGGUGAUAAUAGUUUAUGCUUGCAAACAAUACAUGGGGUAAAAUACACAUUUAAUCUUUGCAUUUGCUUUUAAAUGUGACGUGUAUUUUAUGUUAUUAACAAAAAAGUAUGUGUAACAAUACCUCCUUCGCGAUCUUAAUGGGGUAUACUGGACUGACUGUAUGUCUGUCCGUCUGUCCGUUUGACCGUAUGUAGUACGUAUUUGUCCUAAAGCGUUCUCCUAAACUUGUGUGCAUCCUGUUAAGUUUAAAAAAAUUGAUUCGUCUCUCGUUUCUUCU